UUGUGCAUUCAAACAUUUUGCGCGCGUUAAGACGCGUUCCUUUGAUUGCUUUUCAUCCAUUGGACACGUCGGUCUUUCGUUACUAUCAUCGUCGCGCUUGUCGUGGCCGUGAUCAUACGGAUAUCCCUUUGACGCGCAACUAGGUGCUUCAAUCGGUACAGCUAGACACUAUGUCUGACAAGGGAAACAGCGCGCCCGUCGCUGCUACCGAGAAGGUCGAGAAGAAGGAGGAGGGCACUCCUACUACGACGGCUGCUGCUCCCGAUACUGCUGCCGACGACAACACCAAGCCGGCUGCUGAGGCGGGUGGCGACACUGAGGACGAGAAGAAGCCGGAGGGAGAAGUUGGUGUUAAGGCUGAGGCUGAGGCUGAAGAGGGCUCUGCAUUCAAGGACGAGUCAAAGGUUGAGUCAAAGGUUGAGCCCAAGGAGGAGUCCACGGAAGAGGCAAAGGUGGCCGAAGCUGCUGCCGACGAAUCCACUUCCAAGCCUGACGACGACAAAGACGCCGAUACUGAAAUGAAAGACGCCGCCCCUGCUGAAGAUGGCGAGCCGUCCAAUGAGGCUGUCGAUGUAGCUGACGAAUCGACGUUUGCCGACGAGACGAUGACGGCUACCCCUGCUGGUGGAAAGUCCAAGGACCGCCGCAAGUCGAGCGCCGGCUCCGAUGCCAAGGGCAAGAAGCUCAACAAGAAGUCCUCCAAGGCCAAGUUCUUCCAUACCGACGCCCAGCCUGGCGACCAUUUCCUCGUCAAGCUCAAGGGCUACCCUCAGUGGCCCGUCAUUAUCAGUGACGAGGAGAUGCUCCCCGAGCCGCUCCUUCGCAGCCGGCCCGUCACGGCGAAGCGGCCUGAUGGCACCUAUCGCGAAGAUUACGCCGACGGCGGCAGGAAGGUCAAUGACCGCACUUUCCCUAUCAUGUACCUCUGCACCAACGAAUUUGGAUGGGUACCCAACUCGGCUCUCCAAGAGCUCUCCGUAGAACGCGCACAGGAACUGCUGACCGAUAAGGUCAAGAAGAAGGAGUUGCGAGAAGCCUUCGAGCUCGCCAUUGAGCGGCACCCGCUCGACUAUUACAAGGAAAUGCUACAGAGAUGGGCCGAGGAGCAAGAAGCCAGGCGGCAAGAAGCAGAGGAGGCGGCAGAGGCCAAGGCCGCUGCUGCGGCGAAGAAGAAGAAGAGGGCGUCGAUGGCGGCGUUCGACGAAGACAUGGAUGUCGAGAUGGCAGAUGCUGUCGAAGAGGAGGCGAAGCCCAAGUCCAGCAAGAAGCGCAAGGCUGAAGAGGCGGCGACACCCCAGCGGGCUGAAUCGGUCAAGAAACCCAAGAUCAAGCUGACAACUUCGUCCACCCCUAAGACGGCGAACGGAACCCUCACGACCAAGUCAUCCUCUAAGGAAGCGAUAACCAAGUCCGGUUCGAAAACCAAGCUCAAGAAGGAGACGGGUGAGAAGAAGGAGGUGCCCAAGGAGCCAGAGCUCACCCCUGAGGAGAGGCGUUUGCGCAAAGAGAAGGAGGUCCUUUUCCUACGCCACAAGCUCCAGAAGGGCCUUCUCACGCGAGAACAGAUUCCCAAAGAGGAGGAAAUGAAGCUCAUGUCCGACUACAUCGCCAAGCUCGAGGGCUUCCCCGAUUUGGAGGUAUCGAUCAUCCGGGCGACCAAGAUCAACAAGGUGCUUAAGGCGAUCCUGAAGCUUGAGUCCAUCCCGAAAGAAGCCGAAUUCGAGUUCAAGGCGCGGUCGCAAGCGCUUCUCGACAAGUGGAACAAGAUACUCAGCGGUGGCGAAGCAGCAGCCGCCGCCGCACCGGCGUCAUCGGCCAACGGGGUGAACAAGGGAGCAGAGAAGAAGAGCGAGCCGGAAGCGGGCGCCAACGGCGUCAAGGGAGACGAUGACAAGGAACCCGAGAAGGCUGACAAGUCUGAGAAGUCUGAAGAGACCGACAAGGCUGAGAAGGCGGACGAGGCUGAAAAGACGAAGACCGAGGAACAGGAGGAUGCCGCUGCAACGACCUCCAGGGAAGUGGCAGCGGAAGCCUAGUGUGUUUUUCCGAGGGGUAUCCCGAAGCGUAUCCCGAGAUCAGUGCCAGCCUGACAGAGCAUUUCUUUUUUUGUUUUUCGGUGCGACCAGCACACCAAGCCUCCGGGCAUCGUUCGAAGACUAGCUCAGG